AUGGCAGAACAUAUGAUGACUUACUCACAGUCGCGAUCAAGCCAAUCCAGCCAAUCUGACCAAUCUGAAAAUGACCAGGGGGCCCUGAGCUCACUGACCCCCCCAGGGGCAUUCAGGAGUUCCAAUAUUGGACCCCCUGGAACGCCCAAUUGGCAAGCUGGGCUGAUUACAGCCCCUACCACGGUGAGGCCGGUCCGCCUACACUGUGUCAAAUAUGCCAACCUGACUUCUUCAGAAGAUGGGAUGGAGAUGUCUGCGGUGACCCCUAAUCCACCAUCAACAACUGACUCUGAAGAAUUGCAACUGAGGAGAUUGGAUCUUGAAUGUCAAAAGAUUGAUUUAGAACUUCAAAAAGAGAGGCGCAAAGAAUUGCAGCUUCAACUUCAAUUGAAGAGGCUCCACACUCAGAAUGACAGGGCUGCAAUGCCCACAAAUUCACCAGCAGGUCAAAUUUCAGCAUGA